ACACCUAGCGGACACAGGCUGCUACUACGCUAUCUAACCACUACACAGCUCAGGGAAAAUGAAAGUGAAAACAUACCUUUUGGGGAAUGUGUGUGUGUGUGUGUGUGUGUGUGUGUGUGUGUGUGUGUGUGUCUGGCAACGCGGCAAGCGUGGUUGGAGGGGAGGGGGGGAAACCGCGCGUUAGCUUUGAUGUCUGCACGGCGUAAUGGAGACCGACUCCUGGUACGAGAGCAGGACGGUGGUUGUGUCCGGGGUGCCCGAUCUGUUGCCCGCUAGCAGGAUGGUUGACAAGCUGACUAUCCAUUUCCAAAGCCGAAGGAGGAGCCACGGAGGAGACGUCGAGGUGGUCAGAUACCCCACCAACAUGGAGGGAGUUGCGUGUGUCACUUUUGACAAAGCUGAAGCUGUACAGUACAAACUCUUGGCAGAUGCAGAGGAGGUGGUGCGAAAGGAGCAGCAGCUUAUGACGGACGACAAGUUUCCCGAAGAGUAUCUUCUCACUGUGUUCCCCUUCACCAGAGAUGUGUUUUGUAUGUAUGUCCGCAGCGCCAAGGUCGAUCUCUCCCUAUUUGGCGGCGAUCAGGCUUCACUGAUUCAGAGCCUGCGGUCAGAUCACAGGUCGCUACGUUUCCAGCCUUUGCUCCGCCAGAGGAAAGCCAUCAUUGAGGGGCCUUUCGCUGCCGUCCAGGCCCUGAGAGAGGACCUCAUCCGCAGGGCAGGCCAGCUUAAGUCUACAGUCUCGGCCCCAACUGCUUCCGCCGGGCUAAGGGAAUCUGUCCUCAAUCCCAGGGUAGUAUCUCAUCCCAAGUUUGCCAGCUCUGUAAGCUGCAGCGGUUCUAACGCUAAGCGAGGACCGGCGGGCUCCAGCUGCUCAUCGAAGGCGCUGCAGAGCACAGGUGAGGCAGCUCGAGUCCUGCUCUCAAAUGCAAAAACUCAAAACACUCCCUGGAGGCAAAAGGUGUCCUCGACUGUAGGGAGCUUUAGUGACACAGACAGUGAUAAAGAGGAGAAGCCGGGAGGUCGGUCCACGCUCAAAAUGACCACAGAAUAUAGAACCAAGCGAGCAAAGGCCAGUCCCAGACAAGUGUUCAGGGAGGAGAUCAGUGCAGGGAUUGGAUCUUCCUUAUCGGGCCUGGACCUGGUCCCUGCGGAGAAAAUAUCAGCAAAUCACCCAGGAGUAGACGAUACUUCGCAAAACCAGACCAGACCAGACAGGGUUUCAGCAACCGAGAUCAGAGGAGAGAAUCCUUUGGGCUCCCGCCACAACAAUACGGACUCUCUGCAGGAAUCAGAUCAGAGCAGCUCGGCAGCCACCGUUACACUCCUCCACGCCAGACUUAACGAUGUCUCGACGUUCUCCCAGGGCAAUGCUGAGGAUACAGAAGAGGAUCCAGAGGAUCCGUGCAUCUGGGUUGACUCAUACACAUUCAGGUACAUCGAAAAAUUCGACAAGAAGGAGUUCGACAGAUGCUUGAAAGGUCUCAAAGUGUCUGUUGAGUGUGUUGAAGGAACCAACCUCACGCAAAUAUUGUUGACUGAGAAGCGGACCUCCGAGACGGCCUCGAGGAUCCGGCAGGCCUUGAAAAACCUCAAGACUUUGGUGGAGCGUUGGAUGUCGAUCCUGAGAGUUCAUCAGAUCUGCUACGACGGGGAGAAGCAGCCUCAGAAACAGAAACUCAUUCAGAUCUGCAACGAUGUGAAUUUCAUGUUCGAUGAUGUUCUUUACAUGUUUGAGGAUUCUUGCAUAAAAGUCGUCGGUCCUUCAGUAUCUAGUCACCGGUUCUAUAGGAGAGUGGAGGACAGACUAAACUCAAAGACGUUCUUGUGAAUCCCUGCUAAUCUAAGAGUUGGAGCUAAAAUAAAUGAAUGUACUUUAAUUAGUGACCACAGGGUGGCGCAGUUGUGCUGCACAUGGCCUUCAUCAAAUCAGCUCCUGCACAGUUAUUGUAUGAAAUCAACACAUUUCUUAUAUUUGGUGUUUGUAAUAAAAGUGUUUAGUUACAUCACAGCCACGAUUUUGAUUCCUGUGAUACACUGAAAGGAAAAAUACUGUAUCUGUUAAAUAUCUGCAUCGUAAAACUCAAACAUCCUCCCGCGCGUUUGCUUUCUGUCUUUGUUUCUGCGGCAAAGCUUUCCUUUUGCUCAUGCAUGGAUUAAUAAUUAGCCCUUCAAACAACAGGUCUUAAUCCAAACGACGCUCUCGUAGCAGUAGGGAUAAAUCUUAAUUAACCUCCUCACAUCUUAAUUACAAAAUGAUAAGCUUAUAAUUAAAAACAAAAAUGACAGAUGCCAUCCUGUCUCACAUAAUCACAUCUUUC